CUAACAGGCGGACAGUUCAGCGCGAGCCGGAACUGAAAGUUUGGUCUCUAGUUUCCACGGGGGACAGAGUGCGGUGCACCCGUAGAGACAACGUGACCGAGAGGACACAGUGAAUGUUAUUGAAGUCAUGGCAAGAGUCGUCCGUAUCUUUAAAACUCUCCGAAACCACUGGAAGAAAAGUACAGUGGGCUUCUGUCUGCUGGCGUAUGGAAGCAACUGGAUGUACGGCAAAUAUUGUGAUAACUUGCUGAGGAGGGCCGCCUGCCAAGAAGCACAGGUAUUUGGAAACCAGCUCAUUUACCCCAAUACAACAGCGAAGAAGGCAACAGUUUUCCUGAAUCCAGCAGCAUGCAAAGGGAAAGCAAGGACUCUCUUUGAGAAGAAUGUGGCCCCUAUCCUGCAUCUUGCUGGAAUAGACGUUUAUGUGGUGAAGACCGACUAUGAAGGUCAGGCCAAACAGAUGUUGGAGCUGAUGGAAAACACGGAUCUGAUUAUUGUUGCUGGUGGAGAUGGAACCCUGCAAGAGGUUAUCACAGGACUCCUCCGCAGAGCAGAUCAGGCUUCUUUCAGUAAAAUCCCAAUUGGGUUUAUUCCACUUGGCACAACCAGCACCAUAAGCCGAACCCUGUACCCCCAGUCUGAGAACAAGGUCCAGCACAUCUCCAAUGCUACACUAUCCAUCCUGAAAGGAGAAACCAUGCCCCUUGAUGUACUUCAAAUAAAGGGCGAGCAGGAGCAGCCAGUGUUUGCACUGAGUGGCUUGAGAUGGGGCAGUUAUCGAGAUGCUGCUGAAAAAUCCACCAAAUAUUGGUAUUUGGGACCACUGAAAACGAGAGCUGCUCAUUUGUUCAGUACACUUACGUGGCCCCAGAGGCACGAAGCUUCUAUACUCUUCCUAGGGCCUACUGAAAGACCCCCGGAAGAAGAGGCCAAGGGGAUACAAGUCCGUCCGCCUUUGUAUGUCAGGAUAUACCGCAGGCUGGCUAAGUACUGGUCAAACCCAAAAGUUGAGGUUCCAGUGGAGGUGGCCCCUGAGCCUUGGGAAGAAGCUCAGCUUUCUGCUGUAGAACUAUCCAUAAGUACACAAAACCACGAACCGGAUCUCACGCGCCAAAUGGACUCCAUGAGCAUCUGCAUUGAACCGGACACAAUCAGUAAAUCCGAAUUCAUUAGUCUGGGAGUGGAGAAGACUCACAAUCCCCAGCUGUGCCCCAAAGAUGCCCAGAUCUUGUACGUCAGUCACUGCAAUAUCCAGCUCCCAGAGGGCACUGCGGGACAUUUCAGCAUAGAUUCCGAAGAAUAUGAUGCCAUGUCUGUAGAGGUGACACUUCUUCCACGGAAGUUGCGCUUCUUCUGUCACCCAUCCCAAAAAGAAAGGUUUACCCAGGGUUCACCAGCAAGUACAUAACCGUACAGGACACUGAAUCUGUGAACUGUUACCAUCCGUCCAGUAUUGGAGCACGAAGUGUACUGUGUAGCGUUCAUCGAUACAGCAAAAAGAUGUGCAGAUUUCUGAUCUUUUCUGUUGGAAAAGGAACCAUCAGUGUGUAGACAUAUAUAGAGAGAUGGCAGGAUUUGAACACUAAAGUCAGCAUCUUCCUAGCCUCAAAUGGCUAAAAACGGGGAAUAAUAGAUGAUGACCUCUGCAACAGAAAGCUCCAUGACUGAAUAUAAAGUUUGACACCCAUUCUUCCCCUUUACCUACAACCAGGGAGGCUGUGACUGAGCGUUGCUGCCCCUAUAUUAUACUAUGUUCUAGUGAUCAUUCUGAAAAUUAAAUUGUAUUAUUUAUUUUAAAGUGCAAUUAAUUUUAAGGCAGUAUGUAUACACUUACACACCCCAGCCAUAACAUCAAAGGGCUUGCCCCGCCUGGGACAUUAAUAGUACACCACUAGUGUAUACUAUAAAUGUCAUUAAGGUGUAGGUCCCACCUCUAAGACCUGUUAACGUCUCAAAAACAGGCACUGAAGUGAGCGAAGAGCCAGUGGCGGCCUUCUCUUCCUCUCUCCUACAGUAUGAGUCCUCUCAGCUAUAUUCAGAAGUCUCAUGGUAAUGAAUGGCAGAUGGGUUCCAGAGGUUGGACCCACACCUUAAUGACAUUUGUGGCAUAUCCUAGUGACAUGCCAUAAAUGUCCCAGAUGGAACAACACCUUUAAAUCUAUCUGUCUGUUUCGACGUAGGUACCCUGUAUGUCACCAAAACAGUUAUGACCCAGUGGCAUGGACUCCAUAAGACCACUGAAGGUAGCCUGCAGUAUCUGGCGGUGGAGCCUCCAUGCAUCGGGCUCAUUUUUUCCAGCACAAUCCAUGGAUGCUUGGUGGGAUUGAGAUCUGGAGAUUUUUAUAGUCAACGCCUUGCACUCGGUCAUGUUCCUCAAACAAUUCUUGAUCAAUUUUUGAAUUGUGGCAGAGCGCAUUAUCCUGCUGAAAGAGGCCUCGGCAAUUAGGGAAUACCAUUACCGUAAAGGAGUGCACUGGGUCUACAACAAUGUUUUGGUAGGGAAUAUCCUCAUGAACACCAGAACUGAAGGUUUCCCUGUAGAUCAUUACGUAGUAUCUCACUGCCGAAUUUCCUUUCUGCCCAUAUUGAAUCUUGCUGCCAUCUUAUACCUGGCAUUCCAUGUGAUAUAAAAGAAAAGGUGGUAUAUCAGACCAGGCUGCCUUCCCCCAUUGCUCCAUGGUCCUGUUCUAAUGCUCACAUGCCCACUGUAGGUACGGCUAGCAGUGGACAUAUGACAGGAGAAUUCCUGUAACAUGGCAUACUGUAUACAACUGGUCCUGAUCUAUACAUGGGCAUUCAGUCUGUGAUGCUGUAGGCACACUUACCAUUAAAGUGAAGGCGUGAGCGUGCGUUCUGUCUCAACAUAGUAUUUAGUGACUGCGUUCAAUGCUGAUAUUUAUGGGUUGAUCAGUGUUUCUCUAGCUUUUGUGGAACUAUACCUCCUAAGGUGUAGUUCCACAUAAGCUGGCGAGUCACAGAUUACAGAUCAUUGAUAUAAUGGUAUGCGGGUCUAACUCACUCCUCUGGCAGGAGCCGUGCUGCAGGUGGCCAGGUUUUCGCUGUGCUUUUCUCCUGUGCCCCCCUUUAUUCUCAGGCUUGGUGGGGUUCAGCAAUAUGUCAAUUCAGAAGAUGGAAGUUAAAGCAGCCUGAGCCUUGACAUCCCAUAAAUAUGGUUAAAGGGGCACCAGUGCUCAGUCCAUGGAGUAACUGGUAACAAGAUG